AUGAGGCCGGAACCGAGCCGGGCAGGGCCCAGGAGUAGGAGAGUGGGACCCCUGCCCGGAGCCCACACACUGCCCACGGGCAUCCCUGCCACCCGGGGGGCCAGGCCUCCCCCCUCCCCUGGGAAGCGGGCUCUCCAGACCCCUGCAAGGCCCUUCCUGGCCCUGCUGCUUCUGGUUUCCAUCAAGCAAGUUACGGGAUCUCUCCUGGAGGAGACAACUCGGAAGUGGGCUCAGUACAAAGAGAAGUGUCUGAGAGACUUACUCAAGGAAACUUCUGGCACAGUCUGUAACGGGACCUUUGAUCAGUAUGUGUGCUGGCCUCAUUCCGCUGCAGGAAACGUCUCUGUUCCCUGCCCUUCAUACUUACCUUGGUGGCGCAAAGAGAACUCAGGAAGGGCCUACAGAUACUGCCUUUCUCAGGGCACUUGGCAGACGCUGGAGAACUCCACAGACGUUUGGCAGGACAACUCCGAAUGCGCCGAGGACCACAGCUUCAAACAAAAAGUGGACCACCGCGCCUUGCUGUCGACCUUGCAGCUGUUGUACACUGUGGGGUACUCCCUCUCCAUUGUCUCCCUCUUCCUGGCUCUCACCCUCCUCCUGUUUCUUCGAAAACUCCACUGCACACGCAACUAUAUCCACAUGAACUUGUUUGCCUCUUUCAUCCUGAGAGCCCUGGCUGUGCUGGUGAAAGACGUCAUCUUCUACAACUCCUACUCUAAGAGGCCCGACAGUGAGAAAGAGUGGAUGUCCUACGUGUCAGAGGUGUCCACUUCCUGCCGCUCGGCCCAGGUUCUCCUGCACUACUUCGUGGGUGCCAAUUACUCGUGGCUGCUGGUUGAAGGCCUUUACCUCCACACGCUCCUGGAGCCCAUAGUGCUUUCGGAAAGGCGGCUGUGGCCCAGAUACCUGCUGGUGGGUUGGGCCUUCCCAGUGCUCUUUGUUGUACCCUGGAGCUUCGCCCGUGCUCAGCUGGAGAACACAGGGUGCUGGGGAACCAACAGGAAUAAGAAUAUCUGGUGGAUCAUCCGAGGACCCAUGCUGCUUUGUGUAACGGUCAAUUUCUUCAUCUUCUUGAAAAUUCUCAAGCUUCUCAUUUCUAAGCUCAAAGCUCAUCAAAUGUGCUUCAGAGAUUAUAAAUACAGAUUGGCCAAGUCCACGCUGGUCCUCAUUCCUUUAUUGGGUGUUCAUGAGAUUCUCUUCUCUUUCAUCACUGAUGAUCAAGUUGAAGGAUUUCCAAGAUAUAUACGACUCUUCAUUCAGCUGACUCUGAGCUCCUUCCACGGACUUCUUGUGGCCUUGCAGUAUUGCUUUGCCAAUGGAGAGGUGAAGGCCGAGCUGCGGAAGCAGUGGGCCCGCUUUUUGCUAGCCCACCACUCGGGCUGCAGAGCCUGGGCCCUGGGGAAGAACUUCCGAUUCCUAGAGAAAUGUCCCAAGAAGCUCUCGGAGGGGACCGGCUCCGGCAAGCUGCAGAAGGCGCGGCCCUCGCCCCACGGUGGGCAACUCCUGCACUUGACUGCAGAGGGCCUGGGGGUGGCGGGCGCCCUGCCCCGCCAAGGCCACGCAGCCUGGCCCCGGGGCAGCAGCGUGUCGGAGAGCAGCGAGGGGGACUUCACCCUGGUCCACACCAUGGAGGAGAUUCUCCAGGAGAGCGAGAUCUAG